AUGGAUAACGACGGCAAAUCCACUUCGUCACUAUCGUUUCUCUCUCAAGAUAACUACAGCCCAAUCCUGUUCGCUAACAAAAGCCAUGCAGAUACCUCUUAUGGUCCAACGACUGGCGAGACACCCGUGAAGUGGCAAACAGGACACAAGGAAUUUCAUUUCAACAGCAACAGCACGCCUUCGAAACCCACAACUUCCAAAAUUGCCGACGCACAUGAAGACCCGGCUCGGAAGCUCCUACGCAAGCGACGGAUGGUCAGAAACACCCUUAGUGGUGCCAAGCCGAGACUGCGGUCCAACCUCCACGAGUUCACUACCAAGCUCGAUCUAUUAGACGAUCAAAAAUUAACCAGCCUACCAAUCCCCCCACCGAUGGAGGAACUACAUCGCAAAGUGCCCGCGAACCCAACAAAUGAGGUACAAAUUCGCAUCCAUGCCGACAACAGACGUUUCAGUGUAGAUCCCCGACACCGGAAUCGUGAUAUUGACGAAGACGAUGACGGGUGUGGUCAUCAGCCCAUUGUGCUUGUAGAAGACUACAUCCCAGAAGAUCCUCGACGGCUCAAGUUUGCUAAGAAUAAGGUUUCGAUUUCUGAUCUUAAAAGCAAAGUGAUGAAGAACAAGUCAUCCAGGCUUCCUAUCAAGCUCAAAAUGAACAGAACGCUCUCGACGACAUCUUCUCUCACACUUAGUCCACACAUCAAGGACGAUGACUCUUUCGCUAACAUGGCCAUGAUUGACGAAGAUCCGGUAUUCUCAGAAAUUGACCACCAUUCUACAAAAACCGACAAAACUAUGGUUACCGAUAUCGAACAUCUGCUGGGCGAUGUCAUCAAACAGAAUGAGGAAGACGAUCAAUAUCUACAAACGCUAAAUCUCGGGCAUAAGAUCAAGGGAUGUGUCAUUUGUGAAAAGCCGCUCUAUGAAAUUAGUUCACUAAUCGAGGGUCGUCAUUUUACGGAAAUAGUUUGCUCAAGCUGUACCUUCAAGUACGAGGAGACUGCAAAACUUUUGGAAGAUUAUGAGUUCGACACGUCUACGGACUCCAUUAAUGACUCCCACAACCUUAGCAUAAAAAGUGACGAUUUGCUUGAAGAACCAGAACAGAUAGAUGUGGUGUCAGUGGCACCCCAGAAACUUAAGACUAAUCAGUUCUCGCCACAUUUGAUUAACAGAUUGCAUUUACAACUACAACAACACGCAUACACGGAUCAUAACAAUACCACCGUGGACUCAAAAACAAUGAUAUGGUUUAUCGAAGCUAAACGGAAGCUUAGAUGGAAAUGGAGAGUAAACGGGUUACUCCCACAAUUUCUUGCUGGAAAGAGAAAUAUGUGA